AUGGAGUCUUUUGAAGGAUCUAGUCAGGUUAGCAGGGCUAACUUAUUAGAAGUCCCCACUGUAAAUUAUUUCUCUUCAGAGGACGAAGAUGUUAAACCUGACAUUAAACAUCGUUUCUCUCCACUUCCCCGAAGGCGGAAUUCUGCUUCUUCAGAGGAAGAGGAAGCAGACACCCCCACGACCAUCGCAAGAAAAGUUUCAUUUGCUGAUGCAUUUGGGUUUGAUCUUGUGUCUGUUAAAGAGUUCAAUACCUGGGAAAUUCCAAAUACAGGACAAAAUGAUGACAUAGAAGAUGAAGUUUUCCCUCAGGAGGAAUAUUUUUUCUCUCAGCUGUUUACGUUACCUGCUUCACAAGAAGAACUUUUGCAAAAGGUGCGAGAGCAGAAAGUACUGUUGGAGUCAAUCGUGUUCCUGCCUGGGAUUACCUGUAUGAACGGCAUUAUACGAGUCCUCAAUGUAUCCUUUGAAAAAAUGGUGUAUGUUCGAAUGACACUGAAUAACUGGCUCAGUUAUUAUGAUAUCCUCGCAGAGUUCAUGCCUAAUUCUUGUGGUAGUGAAACUGAUCAGUUCUGCUUUAAGAUUUCUUUGGUGCCUCCUUACCAGAAAGAUGGAGCUAAGGUGGAGUUCUGUAUACGCUACGAGACAUCGGUCGGCACCUUCUGGGCAAACAACGAUGACAAAAAUUACACACUGAUUUGUCACAAGAAAGAAACUGUGCCCAAGAUGGAUAAUAAACCACACAAAGAGGUUACUGACAGACAUCUUAAAGGCUGUUUAAAGACAACACAAAGCAGCAAAGAAGAAAUAUUGGCAACAUCUGACGAUGACACAUGGAAUAAUUCAAGGACUUCAGACACAAACAUCCCAGAGAUUGUUUAUUCACAACCAGAAGACAAAGACACCAAACCAGCUAAUGAAAAUAUAAAAGAUAAAAAUACAGAAUACAACCAGGGUGAUCAUGAAGAUGAUGAAAAAGAAUUAGAGAUGCUGGUAAACCAGCACUUCACAGGAGCUAGAGGUACCUCUUCCAGAGAUGAAAGGAAUUUAUACACAACAGAACCAGUUAAUUUUCCAAGUGAAACUGAAAGAUUGGAGAAAAAGCUAACCUAUACAGAAAGAAGCAGUGACUUGCUAAGGCACCCUGUGCCUAUCAGUUCCUCAUCUGAAAACACUUCACAAGGUAUAGGAGGAGAAUUAAAAGAUAAAGUUGAGUAUUCCCUAAGAGAUUAUAACAGUCAGCCAUCAGGGAAGGAAGUUGCUGCUGGCUCAGUAAACAGUGGUGAGAGGUCUUCGGAACAUACUGGUACCAGUGAAAGCCUUUUAUCGGCAAAAUAUUUUCCUGGGACAAGGCAGAAUGAAGCUAUGGAUAUUAUGGCUGCUGUCUCAAGCCGUCAGGGAGAGAGCCACACAGAUAUUUCAAAAGGUGAAACAGAUAAUGCCUCAGGAAGUAAGAUGAUGGAGAGGUUAUUCAUCAGUGAGGAUGCUGCUGAUACCUCGAAAGGGGCCUAUGCAACGAGACCAGAAACCAUUUCUCCAGAGCAUGAUGAAUCCAUGCAAUUAAACACAUGCAUAGCAGGAACGCUGGAUGGCAAUGCUAAUCCAGCUCCGGAGCACCAGGCGCCGCAAAUGUCUCACCAAACUCUGGAUUCAUUGUUGUCAGACGCUGACAAAAAUGAAGGAAAAAUCAAGAUGAUUGAAAGCAAGGUUCGGGUACAUUUAAGAGGAGAUUUAUAUGCCGACACUUUUGCACAUGAUGAUGUCUCAAUAGAUUCCUCAAAAAGCCAAUAUACGCAAAAAAAAGGAGUUGGUGAAAUGUCAGAAAAGAACUAUAACACUGAUGCAGGGAAGGAGAAGAAAGUCAUAGAAGUAGCAGAUUUAGCACUAAUCGGCGAGGAGGAAGCACCCAAGCUUUUCAAGUCACAUAGAAAACAGGCCACCAAAGCGUUGAACACAAUGCCUCUGUCAGUCGAAGACAACAAACAGGCACCUAGGCCUGCACAGGCAGAUCCCCUGGCACCCUCUCCGGGGGAUGAAAGGAGAGCUGAAGACACCCAGGAACACAAAGGAUUCACAAGGUUAAAAGACAGAGGAAAGUCAGACAACACAAAUAAGGGAAGACUGAUAGGAAAGGAAAGCAAAGCAAACCCCGUGGAGCAGAGGUGGCAAGGAUUGGGGAGUGAGGUUCGGUGGGGAGCGAGAGCGAACACAGGGCCUUGGAGUACGGCUUCCACAAAGGAGUUGUUUACCUGCCAGGAGGCAGAGAGUUGUGAAAAGUCUUCUGUCUCUGAGCACGGUAUUACAGAGGAAGCAGAGGCAGGUACAGCUUAUAUAAUUAAAACAACAUCAGAAAGUGCUCCAGAAAAAAUGUCUGCCAGUGAAAAAGCAGUAAUUGCUAAGCUACCUCAAGAGACUGCACUAAGUGACAGGCCCACAGAGGAAAAGGAAACAGCGUUUGAUACACAUGAAGGGAGAAAUGAUGGUUCACAUUAUGCUCUUUGUCAGCUCAACACAGUGGGUGUAUUAUAUGACACUGAAUUUGAAAAGAAAUCAGUUUUAGAUAUUUAUAAUGCACACGUACACGAAACACUGCAAGGAGGAACGAUGUCUGUAUGCAAUAGCAGGGAAAAACGUGCCAAAGUACAACCAGACAUCGGCAAUAUUCUACCUGUAGAAGAAGCAGUAAAGGCUUCUGCUACGGGAAAGAAAGAUUUGCAGCAGGGUUUCUAUUCAGAAGUAUCUAAGCAUCCCCAAAGCUCCCAGAGGCACCUAUACAGUGAGGAAGCAGAAGCACUCUGUAGGGAAGAAAGCCAUUUACGUGCUGAAGCUGAAACAAAAAUGCCACCUUCUGGUACAAAUGCUGUGCCCAGUUACAAUUAUAAAAGCUCUUCAGUGGCAUCUUCUGAAGGGUCCACUGUGGCAGGAGGUAUGGAACAUCUGUAUAGACACUUUGAAUUCAAAGUCAUUGACAAGGUUGCUGCUGAGUCAGGGUACAAUUUAAGUCUACCAAAAGAAAUGACAUGUAUUAAUAAAAACCUCUCUCCUGAAGCUGAAAAAAGAGAAGUACCUUCCACUUCAGACAUACCAGUUUAUAGAGAAGUAAGAGGAAGGAAUAUAGGUCAAUGUUUCGAUCAAGCAGAAUUCAAACAACAGAAGUCAUCAAGGCCAGAGGUUUUAAUUAGUAAGCCCACUGAAGAAAUUGGAGGGACAGCCUCUCAGUCUGACCAUUUAAUAAAUGAGGGGAAAACGCUAAACUGGCUUGAUCACUCACAGAAGGAAAACCAGCAUAUUUCUGAUUCUGCAGAUCUUUCUAACCAGAAGAGUGAAGCACUUAAGUUACCUAGUGAGUCUCCAAGUUUAAAACAUAUUGCUUGCAAAAUCUUUUAUUUCUUCUUCUUUCUUUUAUUUGCUGCCACACUCUACCACUAUGAUUUGAUGGUUUGUCUUGCACUUUACCUGUUCUCCUUGUAUUGGCUAUACUGUGAAGGAGGAAGAAACAAGGAGUCUGUCAAGAAGGAAUAACAUUGAUCUUCAACUGUGCUCAAGAUCCAUGGUCAAUAGUCUCCAACCCCUCCAAAGCAUUUUCACCGUUAAAGAGCUUAUUCACUGUUAGAACGAAAGCAAGUUUUCCACUGAAACAUCUUUUUUAAAAGAUUACAUAUGAAGUUGAGCCUUCAUAUAAGAAAUUAUACUAUAUAGGACCAUUAUGUUUGGAUCAUUAAAUACCUAUAUGAAUAUGAGUUCUGAAGCACGUCAAGUUAAAUUGAAGUACAGAUGUUACUCCUUAGCAGGGUAUGAAGAAGCAAUGCUUCAUAUCUCUUUAGUACUUAAAACCACCACUUUCUUGCAUUAAUUUCUUUUGCAGUAAAGCUUCAUAUUUUUCUGGGAGUUUUUUCUAAGGUUUUGUGUAGUACAUAACACCACAAGGAAUGGUAUAAAAACUAACUUGGUAUUUUGGUACUGACAUUGCAGUCCAUAAUCUGCUAGUGUAAUUAGCCAAUGCUCUAGGAAAUAUGACAUCCAUUGACAGGUUAAUAUUUUUUUCCAAAUUUUUACUUCAUUGUUCCCUUAAAGCUCCAGUGAUACCCCUGUUUGAAAAAUGUAAGGCUUUGACGUCAGUAACAUCAUGCAACUUUCAGGAUGCAACUGCGUAGCAGAUGUGCUAUUUCCACCCUGAAGAGCUUGAAGGCCACAGCCGCAGGCCUCUUACUGUUCACUCACAUGCACGGAUGUUUUUGGUUUUUCUAAAUGAGGACUGUGUAACAUGACUGAGAAUUUCAGUGAACUAAGUGUUAUUCCAGACAAAGCCUUUGAAUGACAUUUUUCCAUCAGUGUUACUUGAGCAUAUCUACAAAGAAUUAAAUAAAUUUUACAAAGGAG